AUGACCGGCACCCCCGCCCAGCGACGUUCCCCGUCCCCUUCGUCGUCCACCACGCCCGAACGAGCUCUUGCCGAAUUGACUCCGGUCAUCCAAUCCCUGCGAGAAACCUGUGACCGUGACCCCUUUGAUACCAAUGCCGCCCUGGCAUCCAUCGAGCACGUUUUACGACUACGUCACUCGCUGAUCGACUCGGAAAGACCCCGCGAGUCGAAAGAUGCUUUUCGCAACCUCGGCGCUUUCCAGACCGUGCUGCAUCUUGCCCGCCAUCUAGCGCGGCUAUACGACCCGAAAACCCAGUCGACCGAUAUCAUCAACAACCUGUUGACCCUUUUCAAAGACGUCUUGUCCGUUCUCUCCGAAUGCCUAAAGGACCAUCCUGGGAAUAGACGGUACUUUGCAAAGAAGAUCGAUUCAGGCGGUUCAGCAGUGAUCGAGGAGACAUUGAAACUCUUUGUGGACAAAUUCGAUGAUGGCGGGUUCCGAACCGAGCAGCUGUAUGGCGCUGUUCUUGCCGCCGCUCUCAACCAGGAGACGGCCAGUGACUUUUUCACCGUGCUGAGCGCCAAAUAUGCCCCAAAGUCCGACUCUACCGCCAUUGAAAAUGUUCGUUCCGGUGUUGAUAAGAUGCUGGGGCCUGCGGAAACAGUCGAGCUGCACGAGUUUAUUGGCCCUUUUUUGCGAACAUGGAUCUAUCAAAUAUCACGCAGCACCACUUCUACCGUUCAAAGACUGGCCAUCCCCGCAUGUCUUUACCGAUUGGCUUCGAAUUCACGGCAAAACAUGAUUACCCUUCAUUCCACCGGCAUGUUCUCGUCCGUUCUGCCCAUGCUUUUCGAUGACAAGUUGUCGCUGAAUGAAAGAAUACUAUACCGGGAACUUGCCGCUCUUCUUGCUGCCCAAGGUAUCAACAAGCUUGACGACGCGACAUAUUUGUACCAGAAGGCUUGUGACUCUGCCGACGUCUCCCGCUUCUUGCUGCAUGCUGUCCAAGCUUCCAAAGCUCCCCCUGAUAUCGAAUUCGACCUGUCGUCUCACGGUUUCUCAUCCAUUGAAAUAUCUACAUUGGGUCGGCCAUUUCCGCCAGUCUCUUCUUCUGGAUAUACAUUAUCAGUGUGGGCCCGGUUUGACCGGUUUGACCCUCAAUCCCACACCACCAUAUUCGGCGCCUUUGAUGCCAAGCAGAUUUGUUUUGUGCUUGCCUAUAUCGAAAAAGAUAGCCGCCACUUCAUUUUGCAGACCUCUAUCAGUGGAGAACGACCAAGUGUUCGUUUCAAGACAGCCACGUUCGAGCCAGGCCGAUGGUACCAUAUAUGUCUGAUCCAUCGAAAGCCUCGGCCAGGCUCCAGCCCUCGCGCUUCGCUUUUCGUGGACGGUGAAUUUGUAGAACAGUUAAAAAUCGAUUACCCAAACACACCACUUGCCCGGUCCACGACCAAGCAUCCUCGUGUGCAAGCUUUCCUGGGCACGCCUCAAGACCUGGCUGUCAGGCUCGGCAAGGGGGUCUGCACAUCGAGGUGGUCUCUAGCUAAUGCUAUGCUUUUCGAUGACACCUUUAGUGAUGACCUGGUGUCUGUAUUCUAUCAUCUCGGUCCACGCUACCAUGGUAAUUUUCAAGACUGUUUGGGCUCGUUCCAGACCUAUGGUGCUUCUGCAGCACUGAAUUUACGAAACGAGUCUCUCCAUCCCGGUAAAGAGGAGCACUCGGAUAUUGUGACCGCCAUACGUCAAAAGGCCAGCAGCCUAGUACAAGAGUCCUCUUUGUUACUAAACAUAUCUCCUACCGCAAUUCUGGAUGACGACGACAGUAAUUUUGUGGACGAAACCCAGCUUGUCAAAUCACUGUCAAAACAAGCAGCCAAGAAUCUGCAACAGAUGAUCAAAGCCGGAAGCAACGCCAUUGCUAUCAAUGGUGCCAUUCCAUCUAUAAACGACGCCUUAACACGCUCCCAUGGCGUGGCAAUUUUGACCGGCGAUCCUGUUGUGUCUGUGCCUCAGGCCCUUGACGAUUCCAGUUGGCGAAUCGGUGGGUGUGCGGCCGUACAUUUGCAUAUGCUUCAAGUCGCUACUACCCCGGAAAACACAAUUCUUGCAGUUCAAAUAUUGUUCGAAGCCAUUGAAGAUAGCUGGAGAAAUAGCGAGGCCAUGGAAAGAGAAAAUGGCUACGGCAUCCUUGCAUUGCUCCUUCGAGAAAAGCUUGGAUUUCCGCAAAGUAGUCAAGCUGGCGGCGCGUUGAAAAUAUCGACCGUUUGCUCCGAUAAUAGAGAACGGUCUUCCCUAGCAAUCGAGCUCUUACGGCACAUCCUAUCGUUCGUUGGAUACAAUUAUGACGAACCAAACAAAUCCAUCAUCACGAAUCCGCUCGCUUAUCGUAUUCUGCUCGUCGACCUUGACGUAUGGAGAUUUGGAGAGCCUUCUCUUCUCCAAAUGUAUUAUUCCCAAUUUACGACGUUCGCAGCAGAAAGCCAACAUCGCCGUUUCAACGCCAAGCGCUUAUCUCGUAUGCGUGUAAACAAGAGGCUACUUGAUGCGCUAAAAGGUGAAGACUUUAGUGAGGAGACGCUAAAUCUAUUCAUACCCGCCUUUCGCUCCUUAUUCGAGAGCUGUAUAUCUGCAGAGCUUCUUCGAUCAUUGUCGCUGUUCAUCACCUUUGCACUUCACGAGGGAAAAGUUCCGAAACUGAACAAGAAAAAGAGCAUACGUUUUGAAUCUCGCGCCCGGCAGAGUUCUAAUUCGUCGGAUCGAUCUGCAAAGAAGAGCAUGCCGAAAUCGAAAAUUGGCCUCGAGCUACUCCGAAUGUAUGCUGACUACCUGUGCGCGGCGGGCGAUUAUGUUACUUUGAAGAAGUUUGCUAGGGCCGUGACAAAUAAAUGGUUGUUAUACCUAAUAUGCGAAGAUGAACCUGAAGUGGUAAUCGUGGCGACUAAGAUUCUCGCACGACUAAUAAUUGUCCAUGGAGGGGGAUACAGCAAGAAACUGGCAGAUAAGUCGGGGGGUUAUGCAAUCAUGGGAUCACGGCUUAAACGCUGGUGGAAUAUCGCUACUCUUUGGCCACUUUGCUUCACACUUUUGUUCGGAUUGGACGUGGCCGAAGUAGAUCUCGAUGCAGCAACCGAGCAUUCGUCACUUUUAGAAACGCUCAUCUCGAAGAAUUAUGUGAAAGUUGUCUUUCCCGAAGUGCUUCCCGUCAUCAUAGGCAUGCUGGAGACUGGCAUGAAUAACACAGUGUUCACUAAAGUGUCAGAGAAGGACCAGGGUGUAAUUAUGAAUGCUGUCAAGUUUCUAUCGGGAAUGCACCUCAAAUCCCGAGAGUUUCGAGAAUUUGCGGCAACUUCGAGCUACGCGCAACAACUACUACGCGUUUUAUUUCCUGUGGCAGGAUCGGGGCCAAUCAACGCCGAUAUUGAAGCACAGUUUCGAGACAGCAAGUUCAGUAUUCAGCACAACAGUCUCGUGCAUCGACCUGCAAUGGCUUCUGCACCUGUCUUACACACCUCGACAGUGACGCCCUCGGAACCUUCGGUGACUAAAAAUGAUGGUUCUCUGCGGCGUUCUUCAUCCUUUGUGCUCAUUUCAUCGGACAAAACCCAGCAUUCGUCGUCUUCGGCUCAAUUGCAUCGGCUCUCGACUCCAAAUCUUGAGAUUGAUGAGUCGCUUGAAAGCAAUAGCCUGGUUUUGGAAAUUCUCGGCCUUGUUCUAAGAGUCUUUCUCGAUCAGAUCAUAGAGCGGAAAGACUUCACGGGUCUUGGUUUGUUCCUCAAGAGCCCCCCAGGUCCUGCAGAUCACCAAAUGUAUUUCAUGUCGUGGAUUCUUCGAAGUGUGCUAGCAGAACUACAAGCAACUUUCUCGAUAAACGAGAACUUACUCCAAGAAGCUCGAGUAUUGACCAACUUGGGACGUUUCAUGACACACGUGUCCGAGUCGCUGUUUGAAGGAUGGUUUCUUAAUGGGGCCAGCUCCACUGUUGACUUGGCCGGGUUUGUUCUCGAGUACCUCUCACGCCCUGAAAUUUCUAGCCUGAAAAUUAUUCGACUGUGCAACCAAGCUAUCAGUAACAUACGCUCAGUUUUAUUCAAAGUUAUCAUGCUCAAACUAUCCGAUGUCGACGAGCUGGACUCUUUAUCCUUUUUGAAUCGCCUCGGUUAUUGGCAGACCAUUAUUCUAGCUUCUGGAGACUCGGAGACCGAGUAUAGGAAGUUGUUUUACUACUUGCUCUAUACAAAGCUGCUUUCUAAUAAACAGGAGGUCAGGCUGGCUGCUAUUACGCUCUGGCGGAUUGUCCUCGUUCAAAAGCCAUUAGAGACUGCAUCUAUCCUGAACCACGCCCCUGCUUCACUCCAACAUCGACUUAGCAAUGGAUUUGAGGAGUUAGUCGGAAUGGAUGACGAAGCCUUCUUGAACUGGAUUGAUGAACAACGCGAAGAUCUAGACGCGUUCUUCUUCGGCAGCAUCACGAAAUUCUGGGACAACUUCGUUACCGAGGAAAAUCACAAGACUGAGGAAUCAAACCGCACUCGCAUAGCAAAACGAAAGGAGAGACUCAAGUUGUGGAUCCAGGAGGAAAACUUGGACGAGGAACUGAACCGCAAACAUGGCACAACGUUUGACCACUGGACAUCCAACAUAUAUGCCUCGGAAUUUUUGAAGCAUCAAAGACUUUUGCAGGAUCAACAUGACAAUUAUUCGUUCAUGUGGUCGCACCUUUCUCAAUUAACAGCCGACUUGUAUCGUUUCGGAGGCUUACUUGAAAAACAUGAGGAAGUUCGAUGGCGUCUAGACCAGACUGAGGGACGUAGCCGAAUGAGGCUGCGUGUUAUCCCAGAUGAGUCGACUGAACGGCAAGAUUAUCAACCGAAGCGGAAAGCGUCCGAGCCUCCAGCCCCCAAGGUCAACUCUUCUUUACGAGCUACCGCUGAUAGCGAAACAAUAAGCGGCGCUCCCAUGGCGAACGACCUCGUGGAAGAACCUGUGGAAAUGGGGGCAGUGGGAGGCGACGGCGAAGAUAGAGGUUCUCUUGAAGACAGCUUUGAAAUGAUUGACGACCCUCGUGUCGAUAUCGACGAUUACGAGGACAAGAACCGCAAAGUCAUGCGAAGUUUGCAACGGGGAGACCAGGUCAAGAGUGUUUGCAACAUGUCCCGCAUCAUGGGUUUAGAAGCUUGCGAGGGCCUCUUGAUACUUGGAAAGAACUUUGUCUAUAUUUUGGACAACUUCUUCCAACGUACAGACGGUGAAAUCGUCAAUGUCUGGCAAGCUCCUCCCGAAGAACGAGACCCGUUUGUGCGCAUGAUUGCCGGCCGUGAAUCUGAUGAGCGGAAAUCUCGCGAGCACGAGACUCGGAGCUGGAAAUGGCUCGACCUUAUCAGUGUCUCAAAACGACGAUUCCUGUUCCGCGAUGUCGCUCUUGAAAUGUUCUUUACGGAUGGCCGCAGCUACCUCUUGACGCUGAUAUCGUCGCGCGCUCGUGAUGAACUAUACAAUCAAUUAUGUGCACAUGCACCGGCAAUCGGGGGCAACAUAAGUCUGACACGGCCAGAAGACAUUUGGAGAUUUGAGACGUUGAGAGUUCAAGACGACGCACCCCAAUCCUUUGGGUCUAAAUUUGCUAGUGUAUUUGGGCAAUCGUCAUUGAACCCAGCAACUCGGAAAUGGGUCAAAGGAGAAAUAUCGAAUUUCCACUACUUGAUGCUGGUCAAUACUCUGGCUGGUAGAACCUUCAAUGACCUGACACAGUACCCUGUUUUCCCGUGGGUCCUCGCAGAUUACACAAGCGAGGAGUUAGACCUCGACAACCCCCGGACUUUCCGUGAUUUGACUAAACCAAUGGGCUGUCAGACUUUUGAGAGAGAAUCUGAAUUCCGCGAGCGGUACAAAUCUUUUGCAGAAAUGGGCGACGAAAACGCCCCGGCAUUCCACUAUGGAACGCAUUAUUCAUCUGCGAUGAUAGUCAGUUCCUACUUGAUUCGUUUACAGCCCUUUGUCAAAUCAUACCUACUACUCCAAGGAGGCACUUUUGACCACGCAGACCGGCUUUUCUAUUCAGUAGGCAAGGCAUGGGAGUCCGCUUCGCGGGGCAACAUGUCUGACGUUCGCGAGCUCAUUCCGGAGUUCUUUUAUCUUCCAGAAUUUAUGGUCAAUUCGAAUAAAUACGACUUUGGACUCCGGCAGAAUAUGAGUAAAGCUAUCGAUUCCGUGGAGCUGCCUCCAUGGGCGAAAGGUGACCCAAAGGUCUUUAUAACCAAGCAUAGAGAGGCAUUGGAAAGCCCUUAUGUGACAGAACAUCUACACGAAUGGAUUGAUCUUGUCUUUGGGUUUAAACAAAAGGGCGAAGCUGCGAUCGAGGCAGCCAACGUCUUUCAUCACCUUUCGUACCAAGGAGCAAGAGAUCUUGACAACAUCGAAGAUCCGGUAGAACGGCUAGCUACGAUUGGAAUUAUCCACAACUUUGGGCAAACGCCCCAUCAGGUCUUCCCGCGACCUCAUCCACGCCGUGACGAUUCCAAUCGCAAGGAGAGUCGACUUGAUACUCUAGCCGAGUCUCUGACAAGGGUUCCACUUUCUUUACUGGAUAUCCAAGAGAGAGUUUCCUCUCUAUGUAUGAGACAGGACCGUCUACUCUGUACAGCUGCCUUUCGGCUGAACGUUCCUCCAAGCUACGACAAAUACCUGGAAUGGGGAUUUUCCGAUGGCAGUGUCCGAUUCUAUGCGGCAGAUAGCAAGAAGCUUCUUGGUCACUUUGAACACUUACACGUCGGCCAAUUGUCUAGUGCGCUUUUUGCGGACUCGCAAACACUCGUUACGGCUGGAUCUGACUGCAUUGUAUCGGUAUGGUCGUUCAUCUCUAAUAACCGAUCGAUGGAGCUAUCGCCUCAAGCAUGCCUGUUUGGCCAUCGAUCUCCCGUCUCGGUGCUUGCUGCAUCUCGGUCAUUCAGUACCCUUUUGUCCGCCUCAUUAGAUGGGCAGAUUAUGCUAUGGGACCUCAAUCGACGAUGUUUUGUACGACAACUCCCUGCGGAGGGACCUGUAGAGUGUGCUCGGAUCAACGAUAUGACGGGAACCAUUAUGGUCUGUCGGGGCAGGCGCAUCACAUUAUAUUCCUUGAAUGGUGCUCUUCUCCUUGACCAGGAUAUAUGCGAAACGAGCGACGACGGUAUUGUGUCGUGUGCAUUUUACGAGGGGGCCGGCAACGAGUGGCUAGAAAGAGAACUCCUCUUCACGGGCCAUAAGAGAGGACUUGUCAACGUUUGGAGCAAAGUCGUCCGAAAUGGACGGUUUGAUCUGGAUUUGAUUCGACAACUUCAUCAUGUGGACCAUAGCAAAGACACCGGGGCGAAUGUCGUGGCAGGUAUCAGCUGCAUUCUGCCGCUUCCAACUACGGUGUAUACCGGUGACGAAGCCGGACGAGUUUAUGAGUGGGAUUGUAUCCAACGCCGGUCUUGA